CUGGAAAAGUAAAGAAAAUCAGGAGCGUGCUGGAGAAGAGGGUAAAAUGGAGGGCACAAGCAGAUGCUACAGCUCGUCCUCGAGGGAAACGUCUCCUUGUCGAUUCCUCGGGGACGCAAUCAGAGCAGGAGGCAGAUGGUGUAAUAAUUAGCUGUAUACUUUUAGGUGUUUUUUCUGCCCUUUUAAUUGCUUGUGUUUUCUGUUUCUCUUUCCCUCCACUGUUGGUUUUGUUUUCCUUGAAUCCCCCUCCUUUGCUCGAUUUCUCCAUCUUCCCCUUGUUUUUGCAGUACUGGUCCUUUCCUUCAAGGUUGAGGGCAGCACUGAGAGAGAGCAGUGGAAAUCUGCUGACAUCAUCCCCCAAGAUCCAGUCAUAGCUUGGCUGAGAGAGAAGGAGGGGCAGAGAGAUACAGGGAGGAAGGAUGGGAGGGAGGAAAGGAGGGAGGAAGGGAAGCAGGAAUUGGGCAUCAAGAGAGGAUACUGCAGCUCACUCUCAGAAUCUACACACACACACACACACACACUCACACACACAUAUACACAUAUUCAGAUGAACUGGAUCAUGAGGCUCUAAAACAGACGCCCACAGCAGCAGCAUCUCCGUGCUGCACCACAGAGAGAAACCAGCGUACACUCCCAUCUCUCACUCUCACUCUUUCUCUCUCUGUCUGUGUCAUUCUGUCUCAUACACAAACACACACGCACACACAGACAGACACGUCCUGCAGGGGAGAUCUGAGUGUUGGGUCGCUGAGCAUUCAGGCCCCCUCCUCUCCCCUCCCCUUCUUCUUCUUCUUCUUCUUCUUUCCCCCUCUCCACACUCACUCUCUCACUCCCUCUCUCUGUUCACCUUGUCUGUUCCGGCUGUAUGGUUUAUUGUUGCGUCAGAGCCAAAGAGAGCCAGCGAGAAGCAUGCCGGGGGAGAGCACUCACAGAUCUGUCCCCACCGACAAACAUCCAGAGCAGGGAGCUGAGGAGACAGGGCUCCCUGGACCAGACAUGACCAGACACCCAUCUACUGACUCCACCCCUAGCGACAGUGGCUCCUCCCCUAGUGACAGUGGUUCUAGCCCCUCUCCCAGUACUCCUCAGAAGCUACUCCCAGCAUGCACCUCUCCAUUUGGACCACGCCUAUUUCAUGCAACACCUAACUCCUCUGGUACUCCAAGACCUCAGCCUGAAGGCUCUGACCAUCGCAACAACACACCCAGACUCUCUGGAAAGUUAGGUGGUCAUGGACCGUGUGGCCGCCAUGUCCCUGUUAAGAUGGAGAGAAUCAAGGUCCUGACUGGUUCGGAGGUGGAGAGUGACUUUCAAGAGCCACAGACCAUUGAUGCACGGGUGGUGAUGGGUCAAGAGACACUGCUCAAAACAACAGAAAUCCAAAAAACGACCCCCAUCGCUGAGCCAAGUGGUCAGGCUAUCCCUUUGCCACCUAUUCCAAGCUUUUCAGGUCCUCAGUCACAAGCAAAAGAGACCCAGCUGGAAACCAGCAAAGAGGAAAACCAAGCCCAAAGCUCCCCAAAACAGCAGGAUCAGCAAAUAGACCCUGUGCAGCCUCCAACCACACUCCCUUCCCCUUUUCAGAGCCCUCCAUGUCCUUCUGCCUCCUCCCAAGAGCAAAUCGCAACAGAUGACAAUUUAAAAGACAACCAGGAAGAGGAUCAAACCCUUUCUCUUGACGAAGUGCCUUCCCUUCCUGUUUCUGAGCUGGCCUGUCCAGUUGCUUUGUCCUUCUCUGAGCCGGCUUACGCUGUCGACCCACUACGAGUAGGUGUGCCCUCAUCUCUUGACCCUGACCUGUACUAUACCGCCCCUUCCACCCCAAUAAAGAUGGCCUCCCGCUCUUCACACCUUAAACAUCAUUCAUAUCCUGGCUCUCCAGCAUGCCCACUCUCCCCUGGCUCUCCCUCAGACAGCGAGGACCUCUGUUCCCCUCUCACCUCUCCCUCUGGCUCUUAUAUCACAGCGGAGGGAGGCAGCUGGACCUCCUCUUACACAUCUUCCACCUCCCCCUCCACUUCUCCCAACCUGCUUCUCACAGAAGAAACGCAGGAGGCCCCUGCUUGCUUUGUAGGUUCCUUAUCAGAAAUUGGAGAUGAAGUUGGGGAAGAAAAGGGACGAGCAGGUCCAGAACGGGAGGAGGAAAGGACAGGAGACUUCCGUCUGUACCGUCCUGAGGAUUUUGUUGUGAAUUCACGGAUGGGUAUAACAGGAACAGUGAUCCUCGAGGAGGAAGAGGCUCUAAAAGGGGAAGAGAUAAAGGUUUCCAGAGAAAGUUGCCGUCCUUGCUGGGUGACUGAGGAUUCAUCCCCCCUGAGGAGCAGUAGCAGCCGUAGCAGUGAUUCCCAGGAAGAUGGGGGAGAGUCUGAAAGCUCACUCUGCCCACUGGAAGAGGCUGUAGCAGGGAGAGCGGGGUACUCUAGACCCAUGCAGACAGGCCUGAAACUGCAACUGGAUGCAUGUAUAUCAGAGGAACAUUAUGGACAGAUGGAUGACCACCCAGAACUACCCUCCACUGCCUUGACCCCAGACACAGAGAGCAUGACCAUGGCCUCAUCUAGCCUUAGCCCUGACUCACCUGUCAGCCCCCUGGAUGCCUUCUGUUCUGGAGCCUUUGGUAGGCUCGGCCACAGUUCUUUCAUGCUCUCCCAAGCAGCCUGCACUGAUGACAUACCAGAGGAGGAAAGGAUGAUCCCUGCCUCCCUUAUUUCCUUUCCCCUCCACACUAGCCUUAUCUUUAAGGCAGAUUCAAUGGAAAUCACCCUCUUCCCCACAGAAGAUGAGAAUGAUAUAGGAGAGGAUAAUGACAGAAAUGAAGGCAAGGAUGUUAAUGCUUACGCAGCAGGAGAAGAGGAAGCAGAUGUCGAAGAUGACGAUGAUGAUGACGAAGAGGAUGAUGAUGAUUAUGAUUAUGAUGAUGAGGGUGAUGGCAAUGCUAAUGGUGCUGCUGAUGGUGAUGACGAUGAUGAAAAUAAUGAAGAUGAUGACCAUGAUGAGGCAAGUGAGGAAGCUAAGGUAGAGGUGAAAGUGGUAGAGGAGGAGGAGGAGGGGGAAGAAGAAGAGCAGGAAGAGGAUGAUGAGGACUGUGACAGCAAAGCAGUAGAGGAUCCUACAGAUGAGGACAGCUCAGCGUCCUUCCUUCAGUCACUUUCAGAGACAUCUAUCAAUGAGGGGUUGGACGAAUCUUUCUGUUUCCAAGACGAUACAGAUGACUCAUUAGAUUCUGCCUCCUAUAACGGGGAAGAAGACGAACGUCUAUACAGCACAGAGAGGCAUGCACAAUCACUCGAACCCACACCAGUGGAUGCAGUUGAACUAACAGGAGUCCAGACAGAACCAGAACAGGGGUCUACGACUAAAACAGGUCAAACUGAACCUAUGCACACACAACCGAGCACAGAGGAACUUGUGGAUCAGCCCCAAACCACCUGUCUUUCUGAAUCCAUCGCUACCAACCCCAAAGGCAACAAUACAGAACCCAAACCUCUGGAUGAACCUUCACCCCCUGAACCCCAGUCAGAUACUGAACUGGAAUCUGCCAGUGGAAUAGGUCAAACAAAACCUUUGCACAUACAAGUGAGCACAGACAAACCAGUAGAUCCUUCAGAAGCAAUGUCUCAUCAACCAGAGUCCUCCAGCAACCUGGAUGAGACUGGUAGUGAAAGUGAGAUGAUGGAUAUCUCUGGUUCUUCCAACCCUCUUGAGCAGCCUAAAGACAGUCCAUAUUUAAAUCUUUCCACCACUCCUGUUGUCAUUUGUGGUCCACCUGACCCUGCAGCUGAGUUCCACACCUCUCCUCCUUCCGCUGCUUCUGCACAGGAGAUAACAGACCUUAACAGUUCAGGUCUUCUGGAAAAAAUGGCUGGUGAAAAUCCCCAGAUAAAAGAUGAUGAUUUGGAAGAGAGCAAUGAUUAUUCAGGUGAGGAACCCACAGAAGAACCACUAGAAAGAGACUCUUUCAAAUUGCUCAUCAAGCCUCGUCAUUAUCAGCCAGAAAGCCGCAGGACUGUAGGAGUAAGUAGACUUGCAUUAUCAAAGUCUUUUUCCAAUAAAGCAGAUGUGCUUGGAGGUGCAAAGGCCUUAUGUAAGACCAGUCCUCACAGGGAAUCUGACAGUGAGCUUGACCAGAGGAAUGGGAAUGCCUCAGCUGAGUCAAUGAGUAUGGAGUGUAGAAGCCUUGAUUCUGCAACCAAUGACUUGAAUAAGGGUGUUCUUCUUCUCUCCUGCCCCAAAGACCCUAGUCCUAACCCCAGUAAUAUCCCUGUUUCUGCCUCUCCAGAGAUAAUCUCAGAACUUGCUGACAAUCUGGCCCUGACCCCUGACCACUGCCCUGGUGACUCUGCCCAGGAAAACCUGAGAGAAAACACUCUGACUACUGAUGAGGGGGCGCUGGGAGCUGUUGGAUCCCCACACUCCCCCCUUGCUAUCUCACCCAAACGGGAAAACUCAGAAACAGACAGCAGAGGUGGGAGCAGGGAGAUGUGUCCUGAAUCUGGGGCAUGGUGUAAUGACAGGAUGGGCCUGGGGUUUGGUCUAGGAUUAGGAUCAGGGGCUGACUUUGGUGUCUGGGGAGCAGGGGAGUCUCUCUCCCUGUCUCUCGGGAAGAGGUAUGAGUUAGAGGCAGAGGGUCUGCUCAUGUGUGACACAGAGGGCCAAAGCACACAGACAGCAGUGGUUCCCAACAUGAGCAGUGAAGUGUGCGAAAAUUAUGAUAAUGUUUUGGGUUCUGUUCUGGAUGAGGAAGACAACAACAGUCUGUGUGGAAAAAGGGACCGGAUGGCAGAUGAAGAAUUGGUAGGAGAGGGAGCUUCUGAGUCCAACUUGGCUUGUUGGAGAUCAAUUGAGGAGAUCUCUGAAGCAGGGGGAGGAGAGGAUGGAAGCUCCAGAUUCCCAGAGGAUGAUGUUAGUAAUCUAAAUCCAGACAAUGAUGGUGAUAACACGGACACAUUAAUACAAGACACAUGGAAGAAUUCAAACAAUGACAAUGACUCUGCCUUUAACUCCUUGGAAGUGGCCAUGUGUGGAAGUCUGAAUGCUCUAUCAGAGGAAGUGAGACCCCAAAGUGUGAGUAUCAGUGUAAGAGAAUCUGUGUCUAAUAUUCCACUUGAGGAAAUGCCACCUCAACUCUCUGACACAAUGCCUGAUGAAGGGGAACAAAAAGACAGCUCCGUAAACCAGGCUUCAGACACUAAACAAACACAAUCCUCUAAGGACGAGGCCUGUGGCAUAUCAGUGCCAUUAGUUGAAACUCACAUGGACAAAGUGGCAACAAACGAGCCUCUCAGCUCAACAGAUAAAAUCAAGUCAAGGUGUCAUACGAGUCCAGAGUGUCAGACAAUCACUCCAGAGAGUAACACGGCAUUUUCUUUGCUACAUGGAUCCUUUGGUUCCUUUACUCCUAAAUGUAAAUCUAAUGAAUCCAGACCAAGCAGAGCUUGUCAAGACAAGGUGGAAAAUACUGGUUCUCCAUCAGAACCAGAGAUAGUGGAGCCUCAGACUGAAGGCCAAAGAAAAGGUGAUGCCAGUCCUGUGACUGACAGACUUGUUGAUGAACCAAAGACUAAAGAUGCCUUUAGAGGACAGCAACAUGUUGUUUGUAACUCAGGGGAAGAAGAUGAGGAGGAAAAGGUGAAAGAGAAAGCAAAAAAGAGAGGCGAAGAGAAAGAUGAUGAGAACAAAAGGGAAAGAAAAACCUCUCCUGCACAUAAUGGCCCAGAGCACUUUCCGUGUCACACCCCAAAAGGGGAACUUUGCACAGAUAAACCAAUUGCUGCUAAGAAGGGGAGGAGAGGGAAGCAGAACAAACACAGGGCAUCCCAGACAGCCAGUCAUGCUGACUCUAGCCCCGAAUCUGUUGAUGAUCCAAAGAAACCUUCUGUUCCAUUAAAUACCACAGCAGAUGGACGGUCAAAGGGGGUCUCAGACAAUUCUACAACGAAGACAGGCCAAAAGGCAAACAACAAAGCUUCAACAUCGGACUGUCAACAGAGGACAUCUGGGACAGACAAAGUUCAGUUUGGUUCACAGAUGCGGAGGGAUAACAGUCCCAGUCCUGAUGUCAUAAGUCCUAGUCAUGGAUACUGCAAUUCUACCACACAUAUCCCAGACAACCUCAACGCUGGGUUGGCAGGGAACCAAGAAUUACAUCAGGAACAGGAAGUGCUUGAUAACAGACCACUACCUGAUAGUCAGAGGGGAAUUAUGGUGGAUAUUAAUGACAACAACAUAGAUACUGGCCACAGCCCACCUGCCCAUGACACCAUAUCAUACUCCCUGACUCCACUGUCUUCCUCACCCUCUCCUGUUUCCUCUUCCUCCCCUCUACCAUGUGCCUCAACAGAGCCAGAGGAUGAUCUUUCCACACCUGUGCAGGAAUCCCAACCUGUCCUCUCAGCCCAGCAACAGCCUUCACUGUCCAUAUCCCACUCCACCCCUACGCUUUGCUCUACCUCCCCCACAAUACAACAAGCCUCCGAUUCCCAAAUUCUUCCUAACAAGAACCUCCAAGAGGUCACUGUUGUCCUUUCUGCAUCAACUACAUCUACCACAAGUGUCUCUUCACCCUCAUUCUCCACUGCCAUACCAUUAAGCCUGUCCCAGCCUACCCAGGAGUCGUCUUCACCUGCACCCGGGACUGGAGAUUCAGCAUGUGUUCCAGAAUCUAUUUCCCAUCCCCAGUCUCAGGCUAAUCUCAACAUCCAGUCUCACAAACAAAUCAAGCAAGGCUGCACGUGGAGCACACAAGACAGGUGCAGAGGUCCCAGUUUGGCUGAGGAGGAGACAGACAGUGAGGAUGAUGGUGGACUGCCUCGGCGUGGUCACAGAUCCCAGGCCAGAGGAGUGGCAGGAAACAGAAACGGAGCCAUGCAGAGAGAGUCUGGUCCGUCUAAUCAACGGGAAAUACAGCCUUUCUCUGCCCACCAAAUAUCCGACAGACAGUCAGGCUGUCCGAUCAACCACAGCCACAAGAUUGCAGAAGAGAUCGACCUAUCCUUCAAAAACAAUUGCUCCAUAUUGGCUUCCUGUAAUGAGUCUGAGAGCGAGGGGUCAGUGCCUGAGCUAGAGGAGCCAGAGCCAUUGAGACCAUCAGAGCCCCAGUCUAUCUCCUUUGCAGAUGAAGGGCUAAACAGACCGAAACAGAGCCGCAGUGAGAAGAAGGCCCGCAAGGCCAUGUCUAAACUGGGUCUGAAGCCGGUCCAUGGUGUGACUAGAAUCACCAUUAGGAAGUCCAAGAGUAUCUUGUUUGUCAUCAGCAGACCAGAUGUGUUCAAAAGCCCCGCAUCAGACAUUUACAUCGUAUUUGGAGAGGCAAAGAUUGAGGACCUAUCUCAGCAGGCUCACAAAGCAGCUGCUGAGAAAUUCAAGGUGCCUGUGACCUCUUCUCCCUUGGCCCCACCUGUCCCACCCAGUCUCACCAUUAAGGAGGAGAGUGAAGAGGAGGAAGAAGAGGUGGAUGAGGGAGGUCUUGAGCAGAGGGAUAUCGAGCUGGUGAUGGCUCAGGCCAACGUGUCACGAGCCAAGGCCGUCCGUGCACUGAAACACAACAAGAAUGACAUUGUGAAUGCUAUCAUGGAGCUGACCAUGUGAGUGGUGAGGAUGAUUUGACUCCUGACCCCCUCCUCCAGCCUAUAAAGCCUAAACGCCACUGACUCUUCUGUAUCGCUGCUACUGUAUGUUGCAUCCCCAAUAUCUGCUAAAUAAAGUCUGUUCCAACGUGGGCUUUGAGUCCACUGUCAGAUUGACUUUACUGAAAAGAUUAAAGAUGGUUUGAUGUAGGUGACACUCCCCGACCACCACACAACCCUGCAGCUAAGCGCCUCAACCACUGAUUUUGUGUGAAUGCAGCUGAACUUGUUUUAAAAUUAUAGGGGCAGUGCAGUCCUUUACAUUCUGCAAAUUCACAAGGCUCAUAUUUCAAACUGCUGUUCCCUGUUUUCAGGAUUAGUCCGUCAAUCGACCAACCAAUGCCCACACCUUUUUGCAUUGUCUUUGCUAAUCUUUCAAAAACUAUCGUAUCAUUAUAUAUCAUACUUAAAUCUUUUACUUGUUUCACAUGUUUUCACCUGAUAGGUGUGAACCAAAAGCAAACAAAACAAACUUUCAACACAGAAAUGGAGCUGUCUACCACUCAGAGUGACAACAAUGUAGUUAAAAGUUGUUUUUUAUGCCGAUGUUAAGGGUUAACAAGCUGUUAUUUGUAUGUAUGCGCGAUUGAAAAACGUGCAAAAGGCUUUUUUAAAAUCCAUAUCUCCAACUCUUCAUGCGAAAAAAAAAAUCAUUUAUGGAGUCAUAAUAUAUUUUCAUUUGGCAUUUAGAGGUCUAGUGUGUAGGAUUUGUGCCAGCCAACUGAAACUUUUCCCCUGUGCUAAGCAUGUAGAACCAUGGAGGCUGAUGUGAAAACGUGAAUGGUCCUAUCUAUAGCCAGUGUUUGGUUUGUCCAUUCUGGGCUACAUGAUGGGUUGCUUACCCUGGAAAUCCAGAGUUUAAAUUUGCUCAGUGAGUCACUCUGGCAAUCAGUAAUGAUGCUCAUUACCCAUGCCGUUUGAGCCGAGCUGCACCAAUCACAUCGGUGUAUCUGAUAUAGGCGGGCCAGAGGCGAGCUAAACAGAUGACGACAUUGCUGCAACGACAAAGUCCGGAAUCAGUCAGUAAACAUUGCAAGAUGGCUACGGAUGACCACCAGUUGUUUGAAAAGGCUUUGGCCGCUACAAUGAACGAGUUACACUUGGCCUUUUCUCGAAAAGAGGAACAGAAGACGGCGCUCGAAUCUUUCCUUUGCAAGAAGGACAUUUUUGCUGUUUGCCGACCGUAUACGGCAAGAGUCUAAUCUACCAGUUAGCUCCGCUGGUAGCACUCUGGAUACGUCACCCCGUGUAUUGUUCUGAUUGGUCAUAGUGUUAUCCAGUUGCGUGCAGUGAUAUUCUCAAAUGCAUGCUUGGUGCCAUUUGCAUUACUCAUAGCCAGACCCUAAAUCUUUCUAGAUUUGGGUCUGGAUUUCUAGGCUAUGGAUUGCUAGGAAGAGGACCCACUCCAUAUGUAGAUAUAAACAGCUCAUUCUAAGGUAACCAAAACACAACUAUUCUAAUUUUCAGGUGAUUAUAAACCAAUGAAAAAAAUGGUCAUAUACCAUUUUAUAUACCAUUUCUGCUGAUGGGUUCCAAGACCAGCAGAGUAUAGCUAAUUCGGAAGAUCGAUAACACACAAUUCUCAAAGAAGGCUUGGCUUGGACAUGAAGAGGCAAUUAGGUGGGCCAAGGUGAUUAUUUGUGGCAAGGUCAUCAGGUAUUCAAUCAUUCAUUUUCAGUAACCGCCUAUCCUGUUAGGGGUCAAGUGGGGGCUGGAGCCUAUCCCAGCUGACAUUGAGCAAGAGGUGGGGUACACCCUGGACAGGUCGCCAGACUAUCACAUUGUUGACACAUAGAGACAGACAACCAUUCACACUCUCCCAUUUGCACGUACAGCCAAUUAAAAGUCACCAGUUAACCUAACCUGCAUGUCUUUGGAUUGUGGGAGGAAGCUGGAGUACCUAGAGAAAACGCACGCUGACAAGAGGAGAACAUGCAGACUCCGUAAAGGGUUUGAAUCCCUCACUUGUGCCCCCUAAAUCCAAAACACUGGACCUUCAAUGUGAAAGGCGUGCUAUAUCAUCACAUGCUGUUUAUGUGUGGCAGAUGCCAAGAGCUUGGGGAAAAAGGCGAAUCAAAAACAUUAUUUCUGGUCAUGGCUUUU